AUGGUGGGAGGGAUCUUCGCGUCCCACUGGUCAGCUAUCGCCCGCCUCAGGCUGGGCAGCCCCCAGCCAGUAAGGUGCCGACCCGUCACAGUCUGCCUGCUUCAAUGGGUGCUUCGAGCUAAGGACAACACCGAAGAGCGGACUAUCGAUGACGCAAGGAAGACAGCAGUCAUCAGCCGAGAGCUCAAGAGGCUCAACAUUGACAUAGCAGCACUGCAGGAAACUAGACUCCCAUCCAAUGGCAGCCUGAACGAAGAGGACUAUACUUUCUUCUGGCAGGGGAAAGCUCCAGAGGAGCAUCGUGUGCAUGGUGUAGGCUUUGCGGUUAGGAACUCCCUACUGCCCUCAGUCGAACCACCCUCAGAAGGCACAGCCCGCAUCCUUUCCCUUCGCCUCACAACAACCUCAGGCCCUGUGAACAUCAUGAGCACCUAUGCCCCCACGCUUUGCUCUACAGCAGAGGCUAAGGACGAGUUCUACAGCCAGCUUGAUACCGCCAUCAAGGAAAUACCCCCCUCAGAACACCUGUACCUGCUUGGCGAUUUCAACGCCCAGAUUGGUUCAGACUUCACCUCCUGGCCUCGAUGCAUCGGCCACUUUGGCGUAGGCAAACUCAACGAGAACGGGCAGCGUCUCCUCGAGCUAUGCUCCUUCCAUGACCUCUGCAUCACAAACACGUUCUUCACCACGAAACCUCACCACAGAGUGUCUUGGCGGCACCCCAGAUCCCGUCACUGGCACCAGCUGGAUCUCCCAAGUGCGUCUCCAACCCAAGCGAAUCCACCACUCAAAGCACAAAGGACGUCCCCGCAACUACGCGAACGUUUCGCAGAUGCCAUCCAAGUGGCCCUCAGCGACUGUCCAACUAGCUGCGCUGAGGAUAGAUGGAACCACAUUCGUGACGCUACAUACAAAUCUGCAGUGGACACUUUUGGAAAGAGAGAGCGCAAGAACCCCGACUGGUUCGAAGCCGGAAUCAAGGAACUUGAGCCAGCCAUCUCAUCCAAGAGAACUGCCCUACUGAACUACAAGAAAGACCCCUGUGAAAAGACUCUGACUGCCCUCAGACGAGCCAGAAGUGAAGCCCAAAACAUUGCUAGACAGUGCGCGAACAACUACUGGCAGAACCUAUGUCAAGGCAUCCAGACAUCGGCUGACUGCGGCAACAUUCGAGCCAUGUAUGAGGGAACAAAGAAAGCCUUCGGCCCAUGCGCAAUCAAGACUGCCCCUCUCAAGUCAUCCACUGGCGAAAUCAUCACAGACCGUGCAAAGCAAAUGGCGAGAUGGGCGGAACAUUACCAGGAGCUGUACUCCAGGGAGACCGUCGUGACUGACACAGCAGUGGAGAACACGAGCCCCCUGCCAUUCAUGGAAGAGCUUGAUGACCCACCCACUAUCGAGGAGCUCAGUAAGGCCAUAGACUCCCUAGCCAGCGGCAAAGCCCCAGGCAACGAUGGCAUUCCGCCAGUGGUCAUAAAAGCAGGCAAAGAGACCAGUCUUCUCGAACAUCUCCACGAACUUCUGCUACAAUGCUGGGAGGAAGGAAGUGUGCCUCAGGACAUGCGUGACGCCAACAUCAUCACGCUCUACAAAAACAAAGGUGAUCGCAGCGAUUGCAAUAACUAUCGCGAAAUAUCCCUCCUCAGCAUCGUCGGCAAGACCUUUGCCCGCGUCGUGUUGAACAGACUGCAGUCACUGGCAGAGCGUGUGUACCCAGAAUCACAGUGCGGAUUUCGAGCCGAAAGGUCUACGAUCGACAUGAUCUUCUCCCUGAGGCAGCUACAAGAGAAAUACCGUGAGCAGAGACGCCCCCUGUACAUCGCUUUCAUAGACCUGACCAAAGCGUUCGACCUGGUCAGCAGGUCAGGUUUGUUCACACUCCUGCACAGGAUUGGAUGCCCCCCAAGCUCCUGA